UAUAGUGAGUUAGUAUGUUGUCCACUCUACCCAAGUCAGUCGAUGCAUGUACACUAUAUAGAUCUAGCUGCUGCAAAAGAUAAUUUAGUUUACAGGCAAAUUUAAGGUCUUCAAUAGCAUCUGGUUUUCACUCCAUUCUUUUGAUUGUAGAUCUAUAUGUUUUCUUUCACUUUGUUCUAUAAUCAGGCUCAGCAUGCAGUCAGCAAUCAACCACAAAAUGCAUUUAAGAAAUAUGAUUCUUACCAAUCAUUCUUGUGUGGAUAUAAUUAUAGACUAGCUAGAUCUAUAUAUAAACUGGAAUGGAUCUAUCUAGUCUAACAGUAAACUGUUUUGUUUUCAAGGGAUGUAUUUAAUUUUCAGUCUCAGUCUAUUGAUUUCUACAGUCUCUACCAUUCAGUUGACAUCCAGCAGUGGUGAUGGUGCGGCAUGUCCAAAUGACCCUGUUGUCUUCACCUGCUCUGUGAGUGGAACUGUUCUACAAUGGAUAGCUGAUCCUCCACCUGGCUAUGUUGUAUCUGGGCAGGUGAGACAACUUUUAUUCUCUAUUUCUGGUAUUCUACUGCCUGCUGGAGUUGAAGGGUUCAUGUUUCAAGCUGCUGUAAUGAAUACAAGUAAUGGUACUCUUACCUCCACUCUCACCACAAUCACUGAGGUGUCCUUGCUGAAUGGCAGUGUUGUUACCUGUUCCAGCGGUGGAACAAUGGAGUCACGAUCAAUCACAGUGGCCGAGCCUCCAUCGUCUCCAUCAACUCCAAUAUUGGCUUCACAACAUAAUGUAGUUAGUUCCACUAUUAUCACUCUGGACUGGGACCCUCCCUCCUCUACUGGUGGUGUGUCUGUCAGCUAUGUCCUCAUCAUCUCUCCAACACCUCUCUCUGGGUCACCAGUCACUGUGGACACGACCUCAACACAGAUCAUUAGUUCUUACAAUAUUCCCUACACUGUGGCCAUCAGAGCUGUCAACUGUGCUGGAUUCAGUAGUGAUAAUAUUAUGAUGACGAUGAUUCCUUCUAUUGAGUGACCAUCAAUGACGCUCCUCCACUGCCUGCACUAGUAGGAUCAACACUAAGCUUCACGUGCAAUGAAGAGACGGUACCAGCAACCUGUGAGAGUAAUGGACGAUGGUCACCUGACCCCACCAGAUAUAUAACUGUCCCUCAGGUUAAGUAGAUCACUUUCAUGACUGUUACUAUCUGCCCCUUCCUUAGAGGUCACCUGUGGGCCUCCUGUCGCACCUUCCAGAGGCAGUGUGGACGUUAAGGGCCAGACAUCACCCUUUUUGAUGGACUCAGUGAUAAACUUUCGUUGUGACAAGGGACUUUUCCCAGCGGGUGAUAUGUCCAGUAUAUGUGACAGUGUAGGAGGAGUGGGAAUUUGGAGACCAGACACUAAUACAAUUUGCAGAGACAUACCUGUCAACUGCUCUCUACCCAAGGAACCAUCCAACGGUGAACUAUGAGAGGUUGAAUGAGGCAGUGUUGGAGGGAACAGUGCUGACUUACCAGUGUGACAAUGGACUCUCACUGACUGGACCCAACACCAUCACUUGCACUAAUGCUGGAGUCUGGAGCACUGAGCCUGAGGCAAUCAUGUGUGUGUCACCAACUGAAGGUCCUACUACCACCUCCCUAUCCAUUGGUGCAGUUGCUGCUAUCAGCGUAAUUAUUACUUUCUUUGUGGCUGCCAUUCUUGGAUUCCUCACUGGACUCCUAGUGAUGCACCGUUGCUCUCGUAAGAAGGCGGUGUACUCUCUAGCAGCUAAAAGACAAGCUAAUGUAGGACCCACUGCACAGCCAGCUGGUCCGGUUUAUGAGGAGGUGUCACCUAAAGAGGAGAUGGAACUAAACACUAACCAGGCGUAUGGACCAGUGGGACUGUGAACCGUGCAUUUUGUUUUCCACUCAACGUAUACAUUGUCUUUCAGAAUACAUGUAUAAUUAUAGCUAGCUUUAAGGUAUAGUUGAGUUACGUAUUAUACAUCUGUUCAUUAAAACCAUCACAUGUUUUGUAUCAGUAUUAUCAAAUUAAAAUUAAA